AUGUUGGUCUCGGACACCUUCGGUUUGCAGUUAGCCAAGUAUACUAAUAUCGCUGGAUUAACAAUCCUAAUUUAUGACUACUUUGUCACCUUACACUCUGAAGUCCAAUGGACCUGGGGACGGAAGUGGGGAAUCACUCGGACCGUCUUCACGUUCUCACGAUAUGGACCUUUUGCUUGUGCGCUUAUGACCUCGUACUCCGCCCUCAAGACAUGGGGCACGCAAGAUUGUGUACCUUUUAAUGAUGCUUUAAAUGGUCCUCCUUGCGUGUUUGAAGGGGCUCAUAGCAGCGCCCUCCCGUAUGCACUCUUGUUGUUCUUCGAGAUAGUUCUCAUGUCCACCACUGCAUUCUUGAGAUAUCGACACUAUCUGGGUUCUCAUAUGAUAUCUACAAUCAAUGUGAUCAUUAUCGCUGUGUUGCCCCUCUCGUACAGCGAAAUGCUAAACACACCUCAAAUUGUUGCGCACAGUGUUCUUGCUUCUCGAAUACUAUUCAAUCUCCAAGAAAGCAUGGAGCAGCCGCUCAUACCCACCUACCGAUCGGCGGCUACAAUUGAAUUCAAUGCGCGACCUGGAGGCAAUGAGACGGCUGGUCAGGUAGAUGAAGCUUAA